AUGGGGGCCGCUUGGUGGAUGAAGAAUGAUGGAUGCGUUGCUGCUGCUGCCAUCAUCGGAUCCGCGUGGCUGCCCACUUGCCCGCACGUGGCGGGCCUGGCCGGGAAGGGCCUGAACACUCUUACAGUUCCAGUAAACCAGCCGAUCGUCAAAUCCCUCAAGUAUACUCCGAGUAAUUUCAAGAGCAUGACGAUCAAUCCGUCGGGCGCGCAAGCAUCCCUGUUUGGUGAUGGCGCUCGUGUCUGCCGCCGACAGUCCCAACAGAGUCCGGUGUCUCAGGCUGCCUGCGAUGGUUUAGCCGGCCUCCAAAUGGGUCGCAUACCCAUCUUUUUGUCCCUGCCGACCACUGCACUAGACACUAAAUUUACUGGAGAAGCAUGA